AUGGUGCCGUUGCCGCUGUUUAAGCUCGGAUCGCUGUUUCUGAGGCAUAUUUCCAAAUAUGGCGCGAACCAAAUCAAGAAGCAAGCCCACGACCAUGCCCGAUUCCGCGCCUUUGCCGCCCGCUACGGGCAGAUGAUGCACCAGCUCAACAUGCGCAUGUCGGUGGCCCUGCUCCGCGAUCCCGAGGCGGAGCGGCGCGCCAAGGAAAAAGCCGAGGCGCCGACGGUCAAGACGGAGGCGCAGGUGAAGCGCGAGGAAGAAGCGGCCAGGGAAAAGGAGGAAAAGGAGAGGAGGAAGAAGACGGCGGCGGCAACGAGCACAGGAACAGCAACAACGGCGGCAUCGACGACGGGGACAAGCACAGGAUCGGCAGCAACGGCGGCAUCGACGACGGGGACGACGAGCACAGGAUCGGCGUCAACGACGGCGGCGACGGCGACGACGACGACGACGACGACAAGGCACUCCAAGAAGCGGCGGCCGCAGACGUUUCAGAACAUCUGGACGCGCAAGUUCCGGGCGCUGCCCGAGGACAAGGCCGUGGACCUGUUUGCCGACGUGGUGGGCGACACGUUCAUCCUGGGGGUGGCGGUCGCGCUCAUCCUGUACGAGUACUGGCGCGCGCAGCAGAAGCCGGACAGCAACAAGGAGCGCAUCGAGGAGCUGGCGCGGCGCGUCGACGAGCGCGACGAGGCGCUGCGCGAGGCCGAGGCGGAGCACCAGCGGCGGCUCGAGACGCUGGAGCGGGCGCUGCGGUCGCUCCAGGACCCCAAGUCCAAGAAGCCGCUGCUGCCGUCGCUGCAGGAAGCGGCGGCGGCGCCGACAUUGUGA